AUGCCUCCAAAGAAAGCUGUCAAGGAAGAAAAGGCCUUACUCGGUCGUCCUUCUAACAACUUGAAGAUUGGUGUUGUCGGUCUUCCCAACGUUGGUAAAUCAACCUUCUUCAACGCUCUUACCAACGCCUCUGCUGCCGCCGAAAACUAUCCUUUCUGUACCAUUGAUCCUGAGGAAUCCCGUGUUGCCGUUCCUGAUGAACGUUUCGAUUGGUUAUGUCAACACUAUAAGCCUGCUAAGGAAAUUCCUGCUUUCUUGACAGUGAUCGAUAUUGCCGGUCUUGUGAAGGGUGCCGCUUCUGGUGCUGGUUUGGGUAAUGCUUUCUUGUCUCACAUCAAGGCUGUCGAUGCUAUUUUCCACGUCGUUCGUGCUUUCGACGAAGCAGAUGUCAUUCACGUCGAAGGUGAAUUAGACCCUCUUCGUGAUAUGGAAAUUAUCCGUGAAGAAUUACGUUUGAAAGAUGAAGAAUUCUUGACGAAGCAAGCUACAGAACUCCAUAAUUCCGUUCGCCGUAUCGGUAACGGUGGUAAUGCUCAAGACAGAGCCAAGAAGGAAGAGGCAGCUAUCGUGCAAAAGGUCUUGGAAUGGGUUCAAUCCGGCAAAGACGUGCGCCAUGGUGAAUGGUCCAACAAAGAAAUUGAAGUCAUCAACGGUCUUCAUUUGAUCACUGCCAAGCCUGUGAUCUACCUUGCUAAUUUGAGUGAAAAGGACUUUAUCCGCAAGAAGAACAAGUGGCUCCCCAAGAUCAAGGGUUGGAUCGAUGAAAAUUCUGCUGGUGAUCCUAUGAUCCCUUACUCUGGUGCUUACGAAUACCGUCUCUCUUUAGCCGAAACACCUGAAGAAAAGGAGAAUAUUCAAAAGGAAAACAAUGCUUUCUCAGUUUUGCCCAAGAUCAUUGUGAUGGGUUAUGCCGCCUUACAAUUGAUUUAUUAUUUCACAGGUGGCCCUGAUGAAGUGAGAGCUUGGACCAUUCGUAAGAACACAAAGGCACCUCAAGCAGCUGGUGUUAUUCACACUGAUUUCGAACGUGGUUUUAUUAUGGCUGAAGUGAUGAAAUACAAUGACUUGAAAGAAUUGGGUUCAGAAGCGGCAGUAAAGGCUGCCGGUAAAUAUAUGCAAAAGGGUAGAGAGUAUAUUGUAGAGGAUGGUGAUAUCAUUUACUUCAAGUUCAACGUUACUGCUCCAGCUGGCAAGAAGAAAUAA